GGGGGAAUGAUUUAUUUAUAGAAGGUAUAGAGGGCUGAGUAUAAUUCAGUUACUGAAAGAUGGAAUAUGCGACAGCAGGAGGUUUGAACAGUUCGAGGCGCACUACUGCAGAUCAGAAGGGGAAGCAAAAGAAAAAGAUCAACAAUGAUGUAUCAAUUAUUUCACAACCUACUCGAACGAAGAAUCAGGAAAUUUCGAAAAAUAUCAAUAAGCGAAAGGGAGCUCGACGAAGGCGAACAUCGUGUAUUCCUUCAACUAUUAGUACGCUUGACACAUCUCUAACUCCAUUUAAAAACGGGUCUACCCGACCCACAAUUCAGUUUCGUUUGACAACGUCCGCUGCAAGUACUUCCGUAACUGGGCAUGCAAAUACUAUUGCCAGUAGCAAUGAACCAGAUGUAAUAUCAUUAAGUGACGAAGAAGGGAGCGAGAAUCUAGAACCUGUUACUGAAUUAGCUUUACUCGACCAGUGUGAUUAUUUCACUAAGCAGUUACAAACUUCACCACUGAUCAAGAAAAAAGUUCUAAAAUGUCUGACUGCUUCUGACGAAUUAGAAAGGCAAAGGCUUAUUAAUAAUGCAAUUUCCGAGAAAACUGAUAAUGCCAAUGUAGAAAAUGAAGACAAUCUAACUUCAAGAAACAAGGAACAAAUAAAAGUGGGUAUUGGUGGCAGGGAGAAGAAACACUUCACCAUCGAGGUACCACUGAGGAGCGGUCCACUUUUGGUUCGAAAAGAUUCUUUUGAUGGAUUUAAUUUAAUCCCUGGCACGCAUAAAUUUGUACAAAAUGGCGAAGUGGAGCUUAAAAUUGAAAAACCAGAAGGGAAAGAUUUCAUUGAACUCAUCUUGUUUGAAUGCUGCGGCCCGUUGGAAGAUCCUAAACAGGUAGCUCGAGGUGGAUACAAAAUAUGUGCGUCAGCUGUACUACAUGAAAAUACAUCUGUGGAAGUAAUACGCGAGGCACUUAAUGACUUAGCUGAACAAUUGGAGCGAAUAUCUCAUGACUCAUUUUAUCCUGGCAAAAAGUUACCUUAUUCUGUGAGUAGAUACUCUUUGUCUUACUUGGAGAAGCAAUACAUUUAUCCGCUGAAGAAGAAAUCUUCACGUUUCCCACGAGCUAUUUACUACUGUGGAUUAUGCCAAUAUCACAUCUGUUCAGUUUCUCAAGCAAUAGCGCAUUUUUUGUCACUAGAACACACUGACAACAGGGAGAAGGCAGAGUCACUAAAAAAAUUGGGAUGUUUGCCAGGGCCGGCAAGAGAACAAAUGUUCAAAGUAAACCAGAUUAUUCGAGAGUUAUACAUUUUCACGAGGCUUGCGGAUGUACAAUAUGAAGUCGGAUCACAAAUAGCGACUUUGUUGUCACAUUUUUUGCAAAACGAAGCCCACAAAAGUUAUUCGGUGAUGGUUUAUGGUUCAUAUCUGACAAGGCUAGCGACUCCACAUAGCAAUUUGAAUUUAGCAUUGAAUUUCCCACUAGAAUAUUCGCUUGGUUACGCAUUGUCACGGGUUAUGGAAGUUCUGGAUAAUACAACACUUGGGAAAGACUUUACUGUCCAUUCUAUAACCUCCGAUUUUCAACGUCCAGAUCCUUCAGUUCGCUGCAUUAUAAACUCCGUUGCAGUUGUUAUUACAACAAAUUGCGUUCGACAGCAGCGUGCUACGCAGCUUAUUAAUUUGUAUUGUGCGAUUUGUUCACAGUUCAGGAUUCUCGCUACUGUUUUUCGUUCAUGGGCUGAGUUGUGUUCAUUAACUAAUGUGCAGUUAGGUGGUAUACCAAAACUUGCUUUCGAUAUCAUAUUAAUUUAUUAUCUGCAACGUAAGGGAUUACUUCCUUUUGUCUUCGAGAUCCUAGAUGAAGAAGAAAUAAUGCUGCUAGACAGCGGAAGUCUCGAAUUUGAGCACCAAGUGGAUAAGAUAAAUACUGAUUUUGGUACUGGCAGUAAAGAGUGGGAUUUCGGCAAAAUUUGGAUUGAUUUAUUUCGCUACUACACUAUUGAACAUCCUGUUGAAGAACUGAUACAAAUACGUUUGAGAAAAAGAUAUGUGUCAGAAGAAUGUAUACGUUGGAACAAGAAACGGCUUGCAGUCGAAGAUCCAUUUGCUCCAGAUCACAUAAUGCAGCCGCAGCAACGCAUAAAUGGUUAUUUCUCGAGCUGCUUUCUAUCUACUUAUUUUUAUUUUGCUUUACCGCGCACUGUUGUUUGUUCGUUAAUCCCAUAUUCCGUUAUAUCACCCGAAACUGCUGAUCUGCGGAUGAAAAAGAAGCGAAAACGCAGGUCGAAAAAAACCAUGCUGUUGAAUGAUUCCUGCUGCGAUGAAAGUGCAGCAAAUAAUGAUCAGCAAAAUAACAAGAGCGGUUCGGAUGACGUUGACGUGAGAAGUCUAGAAGCGACACAGAAUCGGAUCAUGGAGGCCGAUAUGAGUAAACAAGAAAUUACUACUGUAAUCGAAAAUGGAUUGGAAACUACAACAGGGCUCUGGACAAACCGGGAUGAGAUCGAUGAAAAUUUGUUGGCAUCUGGAAAAUGCAAAGAUUUGGAAAUGCCACUUUCCGACCCUACUGCCUCAUGCCUGGAUUUGAAUACGUCUCAUAAUAAUCUGAAAAGAGAUGAUGCUGAUGAAACAUGUUGCAAUCAUGAUCUGAAGGCAACAACUCUCCAGCAGCAUAAUUUUUGCUUCUCGGAACUUUCUUUAGAAAAAGAUGAAUUGGCUGAGACCAGGCUUGCAAAUGCUGCUGUUUUGAAAAUUAAAUUUCAUGAUUAUGACGAAAUGGCUAUUCGCAAGUUAUGGUUGGCUUUAAAUAAUAAUGAAUAUGAUUAUCCAUGGGCUUUACACUGCUUCACUGGUGGAUUGGAACCAGCAGUACGAUGCACAUGUUGUAACGCAGAUGGUCAUUUGCGAGAGAAUUGUCCUGAACUUAUGAUUCCAAAACCCAAGAAUUUCCCACCAUUAACUAAUGCACGAAAGAAAAUAAUUGACCUUGUCAUCUCCGAUAUUUUUAAUACAAUGCGAAUUAGACCCUAUUAUGUGCAUCAUAUGUUAACACUAUGCCGCGAACUUGAAAGUUGGCUUCGACGUUUUUAUCGUACUGAUUGUCAUCUUUCAUUGUUCGGUUCAGCUGGGAAUGGAUUCGGUCUUUUAGGUUCAGAUGCAGAUAUUUGUCUUCGGUUUGGACCAGAAGUGAGAUCUGAAGACAUUGAUUCGGCAGAAGUCAUAUGUAAAGUUGCUGAAGUGAUUCGUAAAAUGCCUAACAUUACGUUCGUUUACGAAAUUCCACAUGCUAAAGUACCAAUCGUGAAGUUUCGAUGCCGUAAUCACUAUCAUCUUGAGGCAGAUGUGUCACUGUAUAAUGUGCUAGCAUUAGAGAAUACACGUUUGCUGCGGACAUACAGUAAACUUGAUCGCCGAAUACAUCAGUUAGGAAUAAUGACUAAAAUGUGGGCUAAAAAUUGCGAAAUUGGAAAUGCAUCGAAAGGAAGUCUUUCAUCCUAUUCUUAUAUCAUCAUGCUUAUUCACUAUCUUCAACGAACAAAUCCACCAGUUGCUCCAUUCCUUCAGGAAUUAGUACCGCCUGGAAGAUAUAGAGAACCAGUAAUAAUUGAUGACUGCGAUGUGUACUUUUGUAGCUUUGAAGAUUUGAAGUGGACAAUUCACAAUCGAUCAACGGUUGGGGAAUUGUGGAUAGGCUUUUUGGAUUAUUUCGGGACGAAAUUCGAUUUUACAAGAGAAGUUAUACAAAUUCGACAAACUCUACCACUUUUGAAGCUGGACAAAGGCUGGCAGUCUAGACCGAUUGCAAUUGAAGAUCCAUUUGAUCUCACUCAUAAUCUCUCCUCGGGCGUUCAUUCCAAAACAAUGGCAUAUAUACAGAAAUCAUUUAUACUGAGUUGGGAGAAAUUCAAUACUUUAUCCGUCCCAAAUUCAAAGCUAAAUCAUAAUUCACUUAUGCUUUAUGCGUCUGUCUUACUCUCAGAUUGCCGUGUGGGCAGUGGUCCUCCAUUGGAUUGCAAUUGUUGCCAUCGGUGUCGACAAGUUGGACAUUUUGUAAUGGAUUGUCCUCUGGGCUUGAAAGAUAAGAAACUAAACAAGUAGAGCUAAUCCAGAGAAUCCCUGUAUUAACGAACUUUCUGGCACCAGUGAUCACUGCCGAAAAAAUUUAAGAAAAUCACAGCGGUAAGCGACCAAAUUAGACGUAGUGUCAUUUCAUGGAAAGCGAGUGCCAUUAUUGUCGUUUUAUUGUAAUCAUUCAUUGUUUUGCUUCCUCUUGAAUUUAUCAGCAUACUGAUUCGUAUAUAUCGAUUACCAUAUCGUUUCUGAUCUUUUUUCUGAAGUUAAUCCCUAAUGAAAGCCUUUUAGAAAUUUGAUAAAAUGUUGUAUCCAAUGAUAAGCGAAUACAAAGUGUUCGGUCACCUCUGGAAACCAUUUGUUUUUUCCACUUGUAGUUUUCAUAUAAUUUCGUAAUAUAAGGAAUGUAAUGUAACGCGGCACUAAAAUGAUUCAUUUUACUUUCGUGAAAUUUACUCUUAAUUCAUCCCUUGUUUACUUUUUCUCGAUUAUGAUUGGGUUUUGCUGGUGCUUCGAACUUUGUGUCAACUGGAAUGAGUUUUUACAUCUAUUGUAUCACUAUCUUCAACUUCUCUUCAACUAGUUAAAUUCCCCGAGAAACUUAAAUUAGAUCUUUUGACUAGUUGAAUAGUAAAAUAAGCUGGGAC